CAAUGCAAAGUUUUAUUCAGUCUGGAAUGACUCAGUAAAGGGCGGACAUGUCGGUGAAAAUGUGGUCAAAACAGUCGUUUUCUGGACCAAAAUGUGGAAAAAACACUUGAACGUGUACAUGCCGGGAAAGGAAGGCAAGUUGUGCCCCACGCUGCCACAGUGUACCUUUACAACAAGCGCAGAAAAUAUUCACACAGCCGAUGCUGUUAUCUUUGAAAACAGUCAACUUCCACUUACGUACCUCGAGUCAGAAAUGCCACAAAAACGUUCCCAACAUCAACAUUGGAUCUGGCUGAUUUCUGAAUGCCCUAAUUAUCUUACAAUAAAUUUGAACUCGUAUAGCGGUGUUUUUAACUGGACUAUUACGUACAGGACUGACUCCGACGUGUCCGGCGCCUGGGGAUCUCAACAUUUGGUAUACAAGAGACUCAAGGAUGCUGAUCUUGAUCCCAACACAGACUAUUCCAAAGGGAAAACCAAGCUUGCCGUCUGGUUUAUCAGUAAAUGUUCAUCGAGAGCUCAUCGUAUUUUGUAUGCCCAGGAAUUAGUAAAGCAUUUGCAUGUCGAUAUCUUUGGUAAAUGCGGAAGGAUUGUUUGUGAAAAACAAGACUUUCAAUGCACAGUGAGACACAUUAGACAAUACAAGUUCUAUCUUGCGUUUGAAAACAUGAAGUGUAAACAAUAUAUAACGGAAAAAUAUUGGAGGCAUGCUCUUACUAAUAAUGUUGUUCCAGUUGUGCUGGGAGCCCCCAAAAAAGACUAUGAGUACUUGACUCCUCCAAACUCUUUUAUACACGUGGAUGACUUUGAAUCACCAAAAGCUUUAGCAGAUUAUCUGAAGCUACUUGACAAGGAUACGGAGAUGUACAAUUCUUACUUUAAAUGGAAGACUAACCCCCCUAAAAAUAUCCCUUUGGAUGAUGGAGUCUGGUGCAACUUAUGUAGAAAGCUGUUGGGGAUAUGCCCUAAUACAAGAAAGAUGUAUACAAACUUAGAUAAAUGGUACAGAGGUGAGAACAACGACGAAUGUGAACCGGUAAGUGAUGUUGAAUAUCAUGAGGUACAUUUUACAACUGACAAUUAAGAUAAUUACCACUUUUACCAUAAGUAA